AUGGCCUCUCCACAGCUAGCCUCGUUCAAGGUUCCUGCUAUUGACAAUGAACCUAUGAAAUCCUAUGCCCCCGGAUCACCAGAGAGACAGGCACUGCAAGCAGCUCUUGCAGAAAUGGAACAACAGCUCCCCUUCGAGGUGCCCUGCAUCGUUAAUGGCCAACCGGUCAAAACAGGCAAAAUCGCGAAGCAACCUAUGCCCCACGACCAUGCAAACCAUCUCUGCACCUAUCAUGAAGCCGACGAAGCCACAGUAGCCAAAGCUAUUGAAGGCGCCCUUGCCGCUAAAGCAGAUUGGGAAAGCAUGCCGUGGAAUGACCGAGCGGCUAUAUUCUUAAAGGCAGCCGAUCUAGUCAGCGGAAAGUACAGAAACAAGUUAAUCGCGGCCACGAUUCUUGGUCAGGGGAAGAACGUUUGGCAAGCAGAGAUCGAUGCAGCAGCAGAGUUGACAGACUUCUUCAGAUUCGGUGUCAAGUAUGUAGAGGAACUUUACGCUCAGCAACCGUCAAAGCAUAGCGCUGGAGCAUGGAAUCGUGUUGAAUACCGCGCCCUUGAAGGCUUCGUCCUCGCGGUAUCACCUUUCAACUUCACGGCGAUCGGUGGCAACCUUCCCGGAACACCUGCCAUGGUCGGCAAUGUUGUCGUCUGGAAACCUUCACCUGCAGCUACCUACUCAAACUACCUCGUAUACCAAAUCCUUGAAGAAGCCGGUGUUCCCCCUGGUGUCAUCCAAUUCGUACCCGGUCCCCCUCCAGAGGUCGUUGCUCAAGCAAUCAGCCACCCCAGCUUUGCCGCGUUGCAUUUCACUGGCAGCACCUUUGUCUUCAAAAAGCUCUGGAAAGAUAUCGCCAACAACCUCGACAAGUACAAAGGAUACCCGCGCAUCGUCGGCGAGACCGGUGGAAAGAACUUCCACAUCAUCCACAAAUCGGCGGAGAUCAGGAACGCAGUUAUUCAGAGCGUACGCGGAGCUUUCGAGUACCAAGGACAGAAGUGUUCGGCACUUUCUAGGCUGUAUGUUUCAUCAUCGGUGUGGACUGGAGGAUUUAAGGACCAGUUCCUUGGGGAGAUCGCAAAGAUCAAAGUUGGGCCUCCUCAGGACUGGAGUAAUUUCAUGGGACCGGUAAUCGGUCGUCCCGCAUACGAUAAGAUUACAGGAUACAUUCAAAAGGCAAAGGAUGCUGGUGGUGAAAUCCUGAUCGGUGGAACAGGCGACGAUUCGAAAGGGUACUUCAUCCAACCUACCGUCAUCCUCAGCAAAGAUCCCCAAUCGAUAACAUUCAAAGAAGAGAUUUUUGGUCCUGUUGUUACUGUCUUUGUGUUUGAAGAUGACGAUUUUGAAAAGACGCUCGACAUCAUCGACACAACCACCGACUACGCGCUGACAGGAGCAAUUUUCUCUCGGGACCGCAAAGCACUCAUCACUGCCACCAACAGACUCCGCAAUUCCGCCGGCAACGUAUACUAUAACGAGAAAUGUACAGGCGCCGUUGUGGGGCAACAGCCCUUCGGCGGUGCCCGUGCUAGUGGUACAAACGACAAGGCGGGAAGCAUUAGCAUUUUCUACCGUUUCGUCAGCGCCCGCAGCAUCAAAGAAAAUUUUGUUGGCCUCGAGGAUUUCCACUACCCGUCCAACUUGGUUUAA